GAUGCCUGUGCAACAGGAUGGAGGAUUAGCCUGCUGAGCCACAGCCCUAGAUGUUACAACUUUUUUAGUUGUCAUCAUGCCUGUCCUGGGCAUCCACAUUCAUCUCCCCGCUGUCCUUGGUCAGAACUGCUUUCAACUCUGAAACCUUCCCAUCUCUGAUCACAGCCUGCCCUUUGACGUCUGCUUUCUUCUCUCCACCUCCAUUUAGCUUCUCCAAGGCUGCGCCCCUGUCCUGUCAUCCUUCCACGUCUUCAGGCUCCUGUCCAUUGUUCAGCCCUCACUACUCACCUGCUUGGCGUAUCAAUCAGAUUCUGUUCCAAUAUAUAUAGGGGGAAUCGAGCCACAUUUCCAACGCGCUCAGGAGCCACUGGGAUCAGUGGUUACCUACUCUGAGACAGCCUGGCUGCCAGCCUCCUGCCACGUUCCUGUUUAAUUUUCUUUGCAGCCCCUUCCCUACCAGCAGUACUUCCAAUCAUCUCUUCUGCCUGCGUGACUUUUGACUCUCAAUCCCUUCCAGGCGAGGACCCGCUUGAAUGGUGCCUGGGACACAGCAGGCGCUCAGUAACCUCUGCCCCUACAGGCAUCUGUGUCCAGGGUGAAAUCGCAUGCCCAUCUCCCAGCCCCCUCAGCCACCGAUGCCUGGUGCCUGCUCUCUCCCUGCUUUCCCCAGGCCCGUCCGCGGGAAGUCAGCUAGGAACCUUGAACGUGACUGGGAGGAGUCGGCCCGCCCCGGGGAUGCGUGCCGCGGCGCACUAGCGAGCACGGCCGCCGACCAUGGCGGAGCCCACUGUGUGCUCGUUUCUCACCAAGGUGCUGUGCGCCAACGGCGGCCGUAUGUUCCUGCAGGACCUGCGUGUCCACGUGGAGCUGUCGGAGGCCAAGCUCCGGGACGUGCUGCAGCGGGCCGGGCCCGACCGUUUCUUGUUGCAGGAGGUGGAGGUGAAGGAGGGUCCCUGGGACGCCGAGGCCGAGGUGGCGGCCGGUGUGGGCGGCGGCGGUACGGGCCCCACCGCCUGGAGGGUGGUGGCCGUGUCCUCGGCGCGUCUGUGCGUCCGCUAUCAGCGCGGCGACUGCCAGGCCUGCGACCAUCUGCAUUUCUGCCGGCGGCACAUUCUGGGCAAGUGCCCCAACCGCGACUGCUGGUCUACCUGUACCCUUUCCCACGAUAUCCACACACCUGUCAACAUUCAAGUCCUGAAAAAACAUGGGCUUUUUGGCCUCAACGAAGCUCAGCUUCGGAUCCUGCUUUUACAGAAUGACCCUGGCCUGUUACCGGAGGUCUGUAUGCCCUACAACAAGGGUGGCGAUGCGCUCUAUGGCUACUGCAACCUCAAGGGUAACUGCAACAAGUUUCACGUGUGCAAACCCUUUGUCCGGGGCGAGUGCAGACUUCCCGCUUGCAAGCGAUCCCAUCAGCUCAUUCAUGCCGCGUCCCUGAAGCUGCUGGAGGACCAAGAGCUGAGCGUGGAAAGCAUGGUCAACUUUCAGAUCAUCUCUGCCUACAAGCACAUGAAGUUGCACAAGAUGCUUGAAAGUAAAGACAAUUCAGCUUCUCCUGAGUACCCACUGGGCUUUGGGAGACAAGGCAUGCCCGUGGUUGGGUACAUGGGAAUCGGCCCUCUGCGCCCUGCCCCUGCUCAGUCAGCCAGGAAACCCUGCACAGGCAAACCUUAA